GACUCAAAUAUCACGCCACAAACUUAAUUCAACCUGUUUCAAUUUCUUGUUCAACUACAAUAGUUGUUGUAUUCUGAAUCUUCAUUUUCAGUUGAUUAAGAUGUUAUCAAUGAAGAAAGCUGUUAAUUCGAUCUGUGAAAUCACAACAAGGUGUGCAGUUACAAGCCAAACAAGACGCUUCAAAAGUGUGGCGCCUUCUGCCACGUCCCACGCUUCUGAGUCUGAACUAGUAAUGGCCAAGGAAGACCAGUUUGGAGCUCAUAAUUACCACCCACUCCCAGUAGUUCUGUCCAGGGGCGAGGGUGUGCAUGUCUGGGAUGUUGAGGGACGGAAGUACCUGGAUUUCUUGAGUGCAUAUUCUGCAGUGAAUCAAGGUCACUGUCACCCGAAGAUUGUGGAAGCGUUGAUUAAACAGGCGCAGACCGUUACUUUGACUUCUAGAGCAUUUUAUAAUGACGCUUUGGGAGAAUAUGAAGAAUAUAUCACUAAACUACUUGGAUAUGACAGAGUUCUGCCGAUGAAUACAGGCGUGGAAGCGUGUGAAACAGCUGUAAAAUUGGCGCGUCGAUGGGGAUACGACAAGAAAGGCAUCAAACAUUACAAAGCCAAGGUCAUUUUUCCAGAAGAAAACUUUUGGGGCAGAUCCAUCGCUGCUUGCUCGACUUCAACUGAUCCGACUUGUUUUGAAGGGUUCGGUCCAUUCACUCCAGGGUUUGAGAUCAUUCCUUACAAUGACAUAGCAGCUGUAGAGAAAGCAUGCCAGGACCCGGAUGUCUGUGCAUACAUGAUGGAACCCAUCCAAGGUGAAGCAGGAGUCAGAGUUCCAGACGCUGGAUACCUUGCCAAGGUCAGAGAGAUUACCAAGAAAUACAACGUACUGCUUAUUUGUGACGAAGUUCAAACUGGACUUUGCAGAACUGGAAAAAUGUUGUGCUCGGAUCACGACAAUGUUCGACCGGAUAUUUUGACCCUUGGAAAAGCUCUUUCGGGAGGUGUGUACCCGGUGUCUUCGGUUUUGUGUGACGAUGAAGUGAUGCUCUGUAUUAAACCUGGAGAACAUGGGUCGACAUACGGUGGGAAUCCAGUAGCUGCUAAAGUGGGCAUUGCUGCGCUUGAAGUCUUACAGAAAGAAAACUUAGCCGAAAACGCCACAAUUCAAGGCGAGUUUAUGCGAAGUGAAUUGAAGAAAUUAGUGGGUGAUCGUAUAACUGAAGUGAGAGGCAAGGGUCUCUUGAAUGCGAUUGUUAUCAAAGAAGAGGGAAAUUGCAAUGCGUGGAAUGUGUGCAUGAAGUUGAGAGACAAUGGGAUGUUGGCGAAACCUACACACGAUCAUAUUAUCAGAUUGGCGCCUCCACUUAUUAUCAAUAAAGAUCAAGUGACACAAGCGGUUGAGAUUGUUGAAAAGACCAUCAAAGAGUUUUGAAGCGUUUAUGACUGGAGAGUAUAUAGUUUAAUGUAUUCGAGAUCGCGUUCCACAAAUGAUUCAAAUAAUAAGUGCAGUAAAGCGAAAAUUGACAUGAUAGUUAUAAAUUAUACUAGACUGCUGAGUGAUCCCUGGUGAACAUGGAUUGUUUUCUUUGAAUUCUUAAUUUUCUGUUGGCAUUUUUUUU